GAGCCCUAUAAAUAACGCAGGCAGUGGCAGUACUAACAUAUCUUUUAGAGUGAACGAACAAAGGAAGAAAGAAAGAAAGAAAGAAGAGCCAUGAAGAACCAAGAACCUCGUUCAAGCUCUUCUUGUGCCGCUUGCAAGUUCUUGAAAAGGCGGUGCAUCCCCAACUGUCAAUUUGCACCGUACUUUAGGUCGGACGAGCCCAAUAAGUUCGCCAAAGUUCACAAGGUAUUCGGAGCCAGCAAUGUGAGCAAGAUUCUGAAUGAGGUCCCUGAGGAGCAAAGAGAGGACACCGUGAAUUCGCUCGUGUACGAGGCCGAGGUACGGCUGAGGGACCCCGUUUACGGUUGCAUUGGUGCAAUAGCUUCUCUGCAGAAGAAGAUGGUAGAGCUUCAACAUGAUCUGCUUCUUGCUAAAGCUCGUCUUGCCUACUGUGCCACCACUAAGCCAGCGCCCACUUCAGCCAUAUUCUUGGAGGGUCCUUCCAAUAUCGCUUCCAACAUUGAUUUUCCGGCUUCUGCUGGCUUGGAGUUGGAGGAGGCUUUCUAUCACAAUUCCUCGGUCAUGGGUCAAAAUGCCAAUGGAUGGAUGAAUGAAUUAGGCCAGUUCCCGCUUGUGUGAUGUGACACGCUCACAUUCCUAUUUUUGCUUCUGAUUCUGUAGGGGCUGCAAAAACAAACCUGAUGUACUUUGCUCUUUGAUGAUGUACUGCUAUAAUUUCUAAUCUUCCAUUGAAGAGAAUUUAUCCUUGAAAAGGCAAAGUACUAUCUAUACCUUUUAUCUACUCUCUCUCUCUCUCUCUCUCUCUGUGUAUAUAUAUAUGUAUGUAAUGGUGCCUAUUUCUUGUUUUAGAUUUUCAGAACAGAAGGUCUCUACCAUUUUAGAUUUCCUCUUUUACUAUGUGAAUCUUGCGCCUCUUCUGAAAGUAUUACUACUAGCUUGCCACUAUUUGACGUGCUGUGUGAAUAAGAAAAGUUAUAAAUAUGCUAGUCGUUCGCUUAA